GUUGGUCCAGUAUCCUAUUUGCAUUUGCCUCAUUUUCACAUACCUUGUAGCUGAAUUAUAGGCAACAAGAUGACAGCAGAAGACAUUCUCAGAUCAAAGUAUAGGCUAGUGUCAAAUAUUUAGGUGAGCAUAAGUUUGCAUGAAAUGAUCACGUCUUCAAAUACGUCACAUGCAAAAGUCAUACAUUAUUCAUAAGGACGUUAUGCAUGUCUUUAUGCAUAUCGGGGUCCAUCAGAAUUUUAUGAAUGAACAUGUGGCACGGACCACAUUUCGUCCUCACAGGGGCUAUCGAUUCGCCGCGCGCAGAUUUACUACAAUGACUUCUGUUUCAGUCGACAUUUUAGCUCAAUAUGGAUUGAACAAUAAUAUGCGAAUGUGCUCAGAAAGCCCCGUUUUUUCUGCGCUUUCUGUACAGACGCUCCCCGCAUGCGGAAUGGUACGGCCCGUUUCAUUCAUAAAAUUCAGGCGGACUAUAAAUAGGCGCUCGCUGAGCGGAGUGUCACUGACCAGGUUUAUAAACCUGGAGAGAGCGACUCCAACAUCACGAAGCGAGGCAUCUGGAUCAUAAAAGCUGGAACCAAGUCAAUAGCUCUGUCCGUGUGCGCUGGAGAAAUGUUUCUGAGCAAAGCGAAGAAGACUGAUCCGGACUCCUCAUGCUCUUCUGCCGGGGACACCCGCCCGAACAAACCCACCGAUGCCCCGAUGGACAGCAGCACACAGGGCUCGUGCGUGGACGCCGAGUCUCCGGGCUCGUUCGUUCCGACGGUCACCGCGAUCUCCAGCACACCAGACCUGCAGUGGAUGGUCCAGCCGACGAUCAUCACGUCUGUGUCUCCGUCACUGGGUAGAGCCGAAAGCAGUGAACCGGCCAAGAGCAAGACAGCUGGGAACAAGGGGAAAUGCGCUGCCAGAAAGAGCAAGAGCGAGCAGCUCUCUCCGGAGGAAGAGGAGAAGAAGAGGAUCAGGAGAGAGAGGAAUAAAAUGGCUGCAGCGAAGUGUCGCAACAGACGGAGAGAACUCACCGACACCCUCCAGGCAGAAACAGACAAGCUAGAAGAGGACAAAGCCGCCCUCCAGGCUGAAAUCGAGAAUCUCCUGAAGGAAAAGGAGAGGCUUGAGUAUGUUCUGGCCACUCAUAAACCUCUUUGCCAGCUGCCCGAAGAGCUGGACUGCCUGUUUCCAGAGUCUCCCCAGCCUCUUCCAACUCCCGAAACGGCCAGCAAACUCCCAGAGGACGGCCCACAAGACGUCGCUUCCCUGCAGGACUUGGAGAUCCCCACGGUACCGUCCAGCGCCAUUUCUGGGAACUCCAACAUCCUGCUGUGCUCCAGCGCAGAGGUCAGCUUGUGCGACCUCGAGCCCUCUCUGGACGUCAAGGACGAGCUCCUCGCCGCCGUCGACGAGGACCGGGUCUCGGCGGAAACGGCCCGCUCCGUGCCCGACAUCGACCUGACCGGCUCGCUGGGGAUCACGGACUGGGAAACCCUCUACAAGUCUGUGGCCAACGAUCUAGAACCUUUGAGCACCCCGGUGGUGAGCACGUCCACGCCCACCUGCAGCAACUACCUGUCCGUAUUUACCUUCGCCUGCCCAGAGCUGGACUCCCUGGCCGAGGGACUGGACGGUUGCAAAGGUGGCGUGACCAAAGCAGAAUCUAGCGUCGAUAUCCUCAACUCUCCCACGCUUCUUGCCUUAUAAAUGCAAGCGUAGAUGAUGUAACGUCACGAUAUUGUUCUUAAUAUCUACCGGACAUCGCCGUGUUCUGAUGUCCAGAUGUGUGAUGUUGGUGUGAAGCCAGCUGUUCUAUGGCUGCAUCCAUGUCAUGUGUGCGGGACGGGGGUUGGGUUUACUUUCUUCCAGGGACAUUUGAUGUAGCCCAAAUACAAGAGCAUGGAUAAUUAUCUUACGAGCAGAUACGAACUAUGUUCUGGUUUGAAAAGCAUGCAUGAGAAAUCAUGAGAAUAUAUCUAUAUAUAAAAAUAUAUAUAUAACAUAUAUAGUAUAUAUAUAUGUAUCAGUUCCAUAUUUGUUUGAUCUGGUGCUAAGUUCUGUGGAAUUGACUGCGGUUUUGUGUUCGUUUUCUAUGGCAAUAGAUUAUCGACUCGUGUUGUGCUUUAAUAUACAGUCAUCGGAGUUAUCGCAUACCUCAGUGUCAUCAUUCGACUGUGUUUUCACAUUGUUCUUAAAUGUUUAGAGUUUUCCAUGAAAACAUCCAGUGCUAUAUCGAUGGAGAUGUAUUUUAUGAUAAUUUAUUUUUCUACAUUUUAAAUUUGACUUCUUUGUCAAAUGAAAAGAACGAAAUGAGCAUUGAUUGCUGAAUAAAUAUUCACGAUAU